UAUGGAUGGAGCAGAUCUGUGUUUUGAAAUUGUGAAGAGAGCAGAUGCUGGAUUUGUGUACAGCGAGGCUGUAGCCAGUCAUUACAUGAGACAGAUAUUGGAAGCUCUACGUUACUGUCAUGAUAAUAAUAUAAUUCACAGGGAUGUGAAGCCACACUGUGUACUGCUUGCCUCAAAAGAGAAUUCAGCCCCAGUAAAGCUUGGUGGCUUCGGGGUAGCAAUUCAGUUAGGAGAGUCUGGGCUAGUUGCUGGAGGACGUGUAGGAACACCUCAUUUUAUGGCCCCAGAAGUGGUAAAAAGGGAACCUUAUGGGAAGCCUGUAGAUGUUUGGGGUUGUGGCGUGAUCCUUUUUAUCCUGCUAAGCGGUUGUUUGCCUUUUUAUGGAACCAAGGAAAGAUUAUUUGAAGGCAUUAUUAAAGGAAAAUACAAGAUGAAUCCUAGGCAAUGGAGCCAUAUUUCUGAAAGUGCCAAAGAUCUGGUACGCCGCAUGCUUAUGCUGGAUCCAGCAGAAAGGAUAACAGUAUAUGAAGCACUGAAUCAUCCCUGGUUAAAGGAGAGAGAUCGCUAUGCAUACAAGAUUCAUCUUCCAGAAACAGUAGAACAAUUGAGAAAAUUCAAUGCAAGACGAAAACUAAAGGGGGCAGUACUAGCAGCUGUGUCAAGCCACAAAUUCAAUUCUUUCUAUGGUGACCCCCCUGAAGAGCUGCCAGACUUCUCUGAAGACCCCACCUCCUCAGGACUUCUAGCAGCAGAAAGAGCAGUCUCACAGGUGCUGGACAGCCUGGAAGAAAUUCAUGCACUUACAGACUGCAGCGAAAAAGACUUAGAUUUUCUUCACAGUGUUUUCCAGGAUCAGCAUCUUCACACGCUACUAGAUCUUUAUGACAAAAUAAACACAAAAUCUUCACCACAAAUCAGGAAUCCUCCAAGUGAUGCUGUACAGAGAGCCAAAGAGGUGUUGGAAGAAAUUUCAUGUUAUCCAGAGAACAAUGAUGCAAAGGAGCUAAAGCGUAUUUUAACACAACCUCAUUUCAUGGCCUUACUUCAAACUCAUGAUGUAGUGGCACAUGAAGUUUACAGUGAUGAAGCGCUGAGAGUUACACCUCCUCCCACCUCUCCGUACUUAAACGGAGAUUCUCCAGAAAGCGCCAACGGCGACAUGGAUAUGGAGAAUGUAACACGAGUUCGACUGGUGCAGUUCCAGAAGAACACAGAUGAACCGAUGGGAAUCACUUUAAAAAUGAAUGAGCUGAACCAUUGCAUUGUGGCAAGAAUUAUGCACGGAGGAAUGAUUCACCGGCAAGGUACACUACACGUAGGGGAUGAAAUCCGAGAAAUAAACGGGAUCAGUGUGGCAAAUCAAACUGUAGAACAACUACAAAAAAUGCUUAGGGAAAUGCGUGGAAGUAUCACCUUUAAGAUUGUGCCAAGUUAUCGCACGCAAUCUUCAUCCUGUGAGGUAAUGAAUUUAAUGAACCAUCCCAUUUCUUCCUCAGUCCUGACUAACUGCCUGCUGAUGGCUGAAUGUUACUGCUUUCUGGGAAAUUGUUUCUGCCUGUCCUGUUAGAUCACGCACACCAAUUUUACAACAAAGAUAACGGAACACGAGUAGGUCCCACCUACCUACUCAGCCCUGCCUUCAUAUUCAUCUCAUCAGCACCUUAAGUAACUCUUUACAGCCUAUUUAAA